AGAACCAUCAGAAACAAACUGAAAGCUGGUGGGAGAAGACAGGAAAUGGCGACAGAGAAGGUGUUGAGCGACGACAACCUGCUGGAGGAGAUCCUCCUCCGGCUCGACCUCCCCACCUGCCUCGUCCGCGCCUCCCUCGCCUGCUCCCGCUGGCUCUGCGCCGUCUCCCGGCCGGCCUUCCUCCGCCGCUUCCGCAGGCUUCACGCGCCCCGUCUCCUCGGCUUCUACGUCGUCGGCGACGGCGUCCCGCGCCAAGACUUCGUGCCGGUCCCCAGCCCUCCUGAGCUGGCCGCCGUCCUCCGCCGUGCCAGCUCUGGCCUCGACGCCUACUCCGAUUUCUCGUUCACCAUCGACGACUGCCGCAACGGCCGCCUCCUCGUCGAUGGCUACAGAGUCGGCGGCACUCAGGUGGUCAGCCCGCUGCUGCAUCGGCAGCACCACCUGGCGCCGGCGCUAGUCCUUCCGCCUCCGCCGCCGGCCAGCCUCGACGGGGUCUCACACGGCUACACCUUCCUCCCGGAGGACGGCGGCGACGGCGCGUCGUACCACCGCGUGGAUCUGGAGCACCACGGUCGGCAGGUCUCGGCGCAGGUGUCGACGCUUGGAUCCGGCGCCUGGACGGUCCAGAUCGCCAAAGCGGAGCUCCCGGAGCCGCCGGACAGAAUCCCCGACCUAACCGUGCUCCUCCGCGGCAAGCUCUACAUGGUGACCACGGCCGGAUACAUCCUCGGGUUAGACUUGGCCGCGGCGAGCUUCUUCGUGGUCCAGCUCCCGGACGGCGUCACGUACCAGUACUUCGGCAGCCUGGUCCUGUCCCGAGGAUACGACGACCACCACCACGACGGUGAUCACCUCUACCUUUUCCAUGUGGUGGAUAGGUUUCAGCUGCAGGUCUGGCGCCGCCGGCCCUGGACGACGGCGGCAGAUGACGAGGCCCAGUGGGUUCUUGUGCACAGCAUCUGUCUGCGCAAGGCGUGCGGCCAUCUUGUGCAGCAGACGCUUGUAGGUUUCUCGGUGGUCGGGGUCGGGGACAACGCCGAGUUCGCCUUCUUGGAGGAGGAUAGUGGCGCCUUCGUCUUGCUGUGGCUAGGGAGCAGGACAGUGGAGAAGGUGUACCAGAGGGACCCGGACAACGAUGAACUCAUCAUCGUGUAUCCAGUUACCAUGGUCUGGCCGCCUGUGUUCCCUCCACAUCAAGCAAGCAGAGCAAAGUUCAGGAACCUGGAAGAGGCAGAGCAAAGCUAAGCCUGGCUAAAGAAUGGUUCAGUGAUUUUUACAGUAUUUUUUAGUGACUGAAAGUUCACUUGUGAUGAUGAUCCUUUUAUGUAUCCUUGCAUAAAAACAUCUUCUGAAUUAAAAUUCAGAGUUGCACCA